CCGUGACGUAUGGACUAAAUCGCUCAGUAUAAGUCACGAGAACCUCUCUCGGGUUCUGCGGAGUUUCCGUAUCUGAUCUAUAUCGUCGCGUAACUUUCGUUUCUGACAAGACUUUCAUCCAGCUCACAUUCAUACACUUUGUGACGCUAAAUCACUCGCUCGUCCGACUAUUCGUUUACCGGUCCAGACGCACAUAAACGUUUCUCGCCCCCAAUAAAAUAAUUCGCGAGUUUAACUACCAAAUCUUAACCAAAAACCACACACACACACAAAAUCCAAAAUGGACGAUUUUCCUAAAACACUCAUCAUCGCCAUUGUGGUGUCUGUGAUCGUCGUUCUGGUCGUCUUCGGCCUAAUACUCUACCUCGCACUGAACUGGACGAGAAUCGUACACCGUGGUAGACGCAACAGCUGGCCGGAAACCGAAAAGGCCUGGCCACAAAUGAGUAAAUCUGACGAAAGCUACUACUCAUCACCUGUAUCCUCUCCGCGAUCGUCAAGAAUGAGCUCCGAGCCGAUGGUGAACAACUUCAACGCUUACGACGAAAGUCCGAUAACGCCUCCACGCAACGUCAAGUAAUGAAGAGGGGGUUGUUUUGCUUUUUGCGACACACUAUACCACGAAUGAGUUACGAGACAUGAAUUGAAUUAUGAUCAUCUGGGAACACUGCAUAUGAGGCGUUUUUACGGAGCAUCUAUUGGAUUUGAAUAGCGGUGUGGCUGCAUGAUCAGUUGAGCAUAUCCGCUCGGCGUUAAGGGGAAUCGAGAUGAUGAAUUAUCAUUGGAACAAGAGAUAAAGACUUUUAGAACCAUACCAUCAACCCGCAAGGUCUAGUGAUUCCCAAAUAGAAUUACAAGUUGAAUAAAAAUGAAGAUUUUUUCUAAUCCCGGAUGCACCGGAAGAUGCAGUAUGACAUUCUCGUCCUGUUACUGGUAACGUAUAACGCAUUUUAGGUCACACACAUAGAAACCUAUCUACACCAUUUCUGGCAGAAAUCCGACGACGGAACGAGCCGAUAACGCUACGAAACCUAAAUUUACUUAAUGCUUACCUACGUACGCGCGAAGGAUGAGAUCUAAGUAAUGGCAACACGAUCUAUCGAUUCCAAAUCUACCGUAGGUAUGAAACUCACCAAGUGACAACUCUCCUAGCCAUGUGUUCCAAAACCAUCGUAUUAGCAAACACCUAUGUAUGAAUAGUGAGCCGUACAAUUCAAGUCAGUCUUCCGACCGAAACUACUAACUGGGCCAUAACGCGAUCUCAAAAGCAAGGCCUUCGCACUACUCAGUCUAACCACUACCGCCUCGCUAUCGACGAACCCCACG